AUGUCCGCCGCGUACGACCGCACGGCCGAACUCCGAGCGCUGGACACCACCUGCUCCGGCGUCCGCGGCCUCGCCGCCUCCGGCAUCACGCAGCUCCCCCGCAUUUUCCGCGUCCCUGACCACCACCACCACGAAUCACCGCCACCGCAAGCUCUCUUCCAAGAAUCACCCUUGUCAGCGGCGACCAUCCCGGUGAUUGACCUCGGCGGCCCCGACCGCGGCGCCGUGGUCGCUGCCGUCCGCCGUGCCGCGGCGGAGUGGGGAUUCUUCCAGGUGACGGGUCACGGUGUGCCUCUCGAGUCAAUGGCCGCGGCGACGGACGCGGCGCGGGGAUUCCACGAAGCCGACGGCUGCGAGGGCAGCGACAAGGCCAGGCUCUACUCGCGUGAGCCUGACAAGGCGGUCAAGUACCACUGCAACUUCGACCUGCACCAGUCGCCGGUGGCGAACUGGCGCGACACGCUCUACCUCCGCAUGGCCCCCGACCCGCCCGACGACGGCGACCUGCCGGAUAGCUGCCGCGAUGUGUUGUUUGAAUACGCCAAGCAAUUAAAGGACUUGGGGAAAACUUUGUUCGAUCUGCUCUCGGAAGCUCUUGGGCUCAAACCGAGCUACCUGACAGAUAUAGAGUGCAACCAAGGGCAGGUGAUAGUAUGUCACUACUACCCUCCAUGCCCCCAGCCUGAACUCGCCAUCGGGACAAGCCGGCAUUCAGACUAUGGCUUCCUAACCAUACUUCUCCAAGACGAAAUUGGCGGCCUUCAAGUCCUCCAUGAUGACCGGUGGGUCGAUGUAGCACCGACACCCGGAGCAUUCAUCGUGAACAUCGGUGAUCUCUUACAGCUGGUCUCCAAUGACGGGUUCAGGAGUGUGGAACAUAGAGUUUUGACGAAGAACACUGCACCGAGGGUAUCGAUCGCGUGCUUCUUCAGCACGCAAUUCCACCCUGCCUCGACGAGGAUGUAUGGUCCAAUCAAGGAGCUGUUGUCCAAUGAGAACCCGCCGUUGUACAGGGAGACCCUUGUCAGAGAUUACGUGAAGCAUUACUUCUCCAUCGGGUUAGAUGGAAAAACCGCGAUCUCUGAUUUCAUGUUGUGA